AUGCUGAAGGUGGUUGUUGAGUCCGCCAAGGGAAUCCCUAAAAAGACCCUCGGAAACCCAGACCCCAUAACGUCAGUGGUUUUCAGAGAUGACAAGAAAAAAACGAGGGCGAUUGACAAUGAGUUAAAUCCUGCUUGGAACGAGGUCCUUGAGUUUGAUUUAAAAGGCAUCCCCUUGGAUCCUUCCUCUUUCAUUGAUGUGGUUGUGAAGGACUACGAGACAAUUGGAAAAGACAAAUUUAUUGGAUCUGCAAAAAUCUCUCUCAGAGAGCUGUCUAACGGUCAGACGAGAUCCCUGCCUGCGAAAAACAUUGCCCUCCUCAACGAGAAAAAACAGGACAUAGGGGCCACCAUCAACUUGUUAAUUGGAUAUGAGCCUCCCGCUUCCGCCAUACCGAACCCAAACGAGCGCGUGGACGCAGACGCUCCCGCUGGAGAGACAGAGGAGGGUGUGGAUGAUUCUGGGGAUGUUGGAGAUGGAGGUGACCCAACCACCCCUGGGGCGGGACCCACGCCCGGGCAGGCUGGGAGGCCGUCUCAAAGGAUCCGUGGUACACGGAGGAAACACAGACCUCUCGCAAACAAACCCCAGGACUUCCAGAUCCGCGUACGAGUGAUUGAGGGCAGACAGUUGCCCGGAAACAACAUCAAGCCGGUCGUCAAGGUGAUUGCUUGCGGACAGACACACAGGACGAGGAGUCGUCGAGGAAAUAAUCCGUUUUUUGAUGAGAUUUUCUUCUACAACGUCAACAUGCUGCCGUCCGAGCUGUUUGAUGAGUUCAUCCACUUAAGGGUAUAUAACUCCUACUCCUUGCGAUCAGACAGCCUGAUGGGAGAAUUUAAGCUGGAUGUGGGCUAUCUCUACGAUGAACCUGCUCACGCUAUCAUGCGGAAGUGGCUACUCUUGAGCGACCCAGAUGACUCGAGCUCUGGAGCAAGAGGUUACCUCAAAGUCAGCAUGUUCAUCGUGGGGACGGGAGAUGAACCGCCGGUGGAGAAGAGAGAACAGAAUGAGGAAGAGGAUGAUAUUGAGAGUAACCUGCUGCUCCCUGCUGGGGUCACUCUCAGAUGGGCCACUAUCACUCUAAAAAUCUACCGUGCUGAGGACAUGCCUCAAAUGGAUGAUGCAUUUGCACAGUCAGUCAAACAGAUGUUUGGUGGCACAGGUGACAAGAAGAACUUAGUGGAUCCGUUUUUGGAAGUCAGUUUUGCAGGAAAAAAGAUAUGCACCAAGAUCAUCGAGAAAAAUGCCAAUCCUGAAUGGAAUCAACUUAUCAACCUGCAAAUCAAGUUUCCAUCAAUGUGUGAGCGGAUCAAACUGACUGUUUAUGACUGGGAUCGUCUGACGAAGAAUGAUGCUAUUGGAACCACUUAUUUAAAUCUAAGUCAAAUAGCAUCAUCUGGGGGUGAAAUUGAGGGGGACGCAGGGCUGUCAGAGGUGGGCUUCCUUCCAGCUUUUGGGCCUUGUUACCUAAAUUUCUACGGGAGUCCACGAGAAUUCUCCGGACUUCCCGACCCUUAUGAGGACUUGAAUUUUGGCAAGGGAGAAGGGGUGGCCUAUAGAGGAAGAGUUCUCAUCGAACUUUCAACUCAACUUGAGGCGAAAGCUGACAAGAAGAUAGAUGACCUGUCCAACGAUGACAUCUUGGUGGCUCAGAAAUACCAGCGGAGGAGGAAGUACUCGCUGUGUGCGGUAUUUCACAGCGCAUGCAUGCUUCAGGAACCUGGUGAACCCAUCCAGUUUGAGGUCAGCAUUGGGAACUACGGCAACAAACUGGACUCCACAUGCAAACCUCUGGCCUCCACCACACAGUAUAGCUGUGCUGUGUUUGACGGAAACCACUACUACUACUUGCCCUGGGCAGACACCAAGCCUGUGGUCAUCCUCACGUCUUACUGGGAAGACAUCAGCCAUCGCAUGGACGCCGUCAACAUUAUCCUGUAUAUCGCAGACCGACUGAAAAACAACAUCACUUCCCUGAAGACAGCCAUUUUGGCCAAGGUGUCGGAGCCGCGCUUGGCGGAGAUCUGGCUAAAACUCAUCAGCCAGGUCAUCGAGGACCUUAGCAGUUACCAGGUGCCAGAGCUGGAGGGCAGUCCCAACCUCACGGCCCUGGACAUCCAGAUUAAGAAGCUACGAGACACGGCCUUGGCCAACAUCAGAGAGAUGGCCGAGCGGAUGAGGCAGGAGGCCACCGACGUGAAAGCGACCCUCUCUGACAUCGAGGACUGGCUAGAGAGGCUGAAUCAGCUGGCCGAAGAGCCCCAGAACAGCAUGCCUGAUGUCAUCAUCUGGAUGCUGCGUGGCGAGAAGAGGGUGGCGUACGCCAGGAUCCCGGCCAAUCAGAUCCUUUACUCCACUGCCAGCGAACAGGCCAGAGGCAAACACUGCGGCAGGACGCAGACCGUUUUCUUACAGUACCCCAUGGACAAAAACAAAGGCUUGAAGAUCCCUGUCCAGCUGCGCGUGAGCAUGUGGCUUGGCCUGUCUGCGCACGAGAAGAAAUUCAACGAGUUCUCCGAGGGCACGUUCAGUGUGUACGCAGAGAUGUAUGAGAACCAGGCCCAGAUGUUUGGGAAGUGGGGCACCACGGGCUUGGUGGGCCGUCACAAGUUUUCCGACGUGACGGGCAAAGUGAAGUUAAAGAGGGAGCGUUUCAUGCCCCCCCGCGGCUGGGAAUGGGAGGGAGAGUGGUUCGUGGACCCGGAACGCUGCCUUCUAACAGAGGCUGACGCGGGUCACACAGAGUUCACCGAUGAAGUCUUUCAGAACGAGACCCGUUUCCCUGGUGGAGAGUGGAAGCCGGCUGACGAGCCCUACACCGACGUGAACGGGGAGAAAGCUCAGAGCCCAGAUGAGAUAGAGUGUCCGCCCGGCUGGAAGUGGGAGGACAGCUGGACGUUUGACACCAACAGGGCUGUGGACGAGAAAGGCUGGGAGUAUGGGGUGACCAUUCCUCCAGAUGAUAAACCCAGGUCCUGGGUGCCAGCAGAGAAGAUGUACCACAUCCACCGGAGGAAGAGGCUGGUUCGUCCCCGCAAGAAGAUAUCUGACGUCCCCACCACGGACAGGAAAAACGUGGGUGAAGGCUGGGAAUACUCCUCUCUGAUUGGCUGGAAGUUCCACCAGAAGGAGCGUUCGUCGGACACAUUCCGUCGCAGGCGCUGGAGGAGGAAGAUGGCUCCGGCCAACGUGAUAGGAGCCUCCGCCAUUUUCAAACUGGAGGGAGCACUGGGGAUCGACGAGGAAGACAAAGGCGGCAAAAAGGAUUCGGCCACGCGUUUUGGCGUAAACACACCCACCGUUUCCUGCAGUUUCGACCGGUCUUUCAUGUACCAUCUCAGAGUCUAUGUGUACCAAGCAAGACAACUCCUUCCCAUGGACAAAGACAGCUUCUCUGAUCCCUAUGCCCAUGUGUCCUUCCUCCAUGUCAGUAAAACCACGGAGGUCAUUAGAAGUACCCUGAACCCCACCUGGGAUCAGACGCUCAUCUUUGACAACAUCGAGAUCUACGGAGAUCCUCAGACCUUGGCACACAACCCCCCCAGCGUUGUCCUGGAGAUCUACGACAGUGACCAAGUGGGUAAAGAUGAGCCCAUGGGCCGGAGUAUGUGCCCCCCAGUGGUGAAGCUGAAUCCAGCCUCAGCAGUCAACCCCCACCUUCUGUGGUACCCCAUCACCAUGAAGGGCAAGAACGCUGGGGAGAUAUUGGUGGCAGCUGAACUUCUGCUUAAAGACAAGACAAAUGAAGCAGAUCUGCCUCUGGUUCCACCCAGAAGAGCUGAGAAACUCUACAUGGUUCCUCAGGGGAUCAGGCCAGUGGUGCAGCUCACUGCUAUUGAGAUUCUGACCUGGGGUUUGCGGAACAUGAAGACCUAUCAGCUGGCCCCUGUGUCAUCUCCCAGUCUGGUAGUGGAGUGUGGAGGCCAGAGUGUGCAGACAGCUGUCAUUAAGAACAUCAAGAAAAGCCCCAACUUCCCUGGAUCGGUCCUCUUCCUCAAAGUGCUUCUCCCGAAAGACGAGAUGUACACUCCGCCCAUCAUCCUGAAAGUCAUUGACCAUCGGCCGUUUGGGCGGAAACCCGUGGUGGGUCAGUGCACCAUCGACUCCCUGGAGGAAUUCCGGUGUGACCCGUACGUCAGCACGGCAGAAGUGGCCAUGUCUGCCAGAGUGGCCAUGAUGAGUGCAGCAGCUCCUGGACAUGUAGUUAUUGAUAUAGAAGAGAGAAGACCAGCUUUGAGUAGUCAGGAGGAGGAGGCCGUUGAUUGGUGGAGUAAAUUCUACUCCUCUAUUGGAGAACAUGAGAAAUGCGGCCCGUACUUACAGAAGGGGUACGACACCUUGAAAGUGUACGGCUGUGAGCUGGAGGAGGUUCCAGACUUCUGUGGCCUCACCGACUUCUGUAAGACGUUCAAACUGCAGAGGGGGAAGACGGAUGAGGAUGAGGAGGACCCAUCUGUGGUGGGAGAAUUCAAGGGGUCAUUUAAAGUGUAUCCCUUAUCUGAUGACCCUAACGUGUCAGCACCCCCGCGGCAGUUCCGCGAGCUGCCUGAGAGCGGUCCCCAGGAGUGUAUUGUGAGGAUCUAUGUGGUUCGCUGCAUUGACCUGCAACCCAAGGACAACAACGGCAUGUGUGAUCCUUAUAUAAAGAUUUCUUUGGGAAAGAAAACUAUCGAGGACAGAGAUAACUACAAACCAAACACAUUAAACCCCGAAUUUGGAAGAAUGUUCGAACUGUCCUGCUUCUUGCCUCAAGAUAAAGACCUGAAGAUCUCCGUCUACGAUUUUGAUUUGCUAAGCCGCGACGAGAAGGUCGGGGAGACGGUGAUCGACUUGGAGAAUCGACUACUUUCUCGUUUCGGCUCGUACUGCGGUCUGUCGGAGUCAUAUUGUGUAUCUGGAGUGAACCAGUGGAGGGACCAGCUGAAGCCGUCUCAGAUCCUGCAGAACCUGGCCAGACUCAGAGGGAUCCCUCCCCCCCAGAUAGCAGACGACGGCAGCACACUGUCCUUCGGUGGACGGAAUUACAGUUUGUUAGACUUGGAGGCCAAUAAAGUGAUCCAUCAGCACCUGGGCCCAGCCAAGGAGAGGAUCAGCCUUCACGUUCUGAGAAAGCAGGGCCUGGUGCCCGAGCAUGUGGAGACCAGGACGCUAUUUAGCACCUACCAGCCCACGCUCUCCCAGGGAAGGAUCCAGAUGUGGGUGGACAUAUUUCCCAAAAGUCUGGGUCUUCCUGGGCCACCCACCGACAUCACACCACGCAAAGCCAAGAAAUAUUUCCUGCGAGCCAUCAUCUGGAACACUACUGAAGUGAUCUUGGAUGAGACCAGCAUCACAGGAGAGAACAUGAGUGACAUAUACGUGAAAGGGUGGAUGGCAGGAAUGGAAGAAAACAAACAGAAGACAGACGUGCACUACAGAUCUCUGGACGGUGACGGAAAUUUCAACUGGAGAUAUGUCUUCGAUUUCGACUACCUGCCGGCGGAACAGCUGUGUCUAGUGUCCAGAAAGGAGCACUUUUGGAGUCUUGAUAAAACCGAGUUCAGAAUUCCGCCCAAACUGAUUAUCCAGAUUUGGGAUAACGACAAAUUCUCACUGGACGAUUAUUUAGGCACUCUGGAGCUGGACCUGCUACACCUGAUCCCUCCUGCCAAAACCCCGGAGAAGUGCAGUCUGAGCAUGCUCACGCAGGUGCCAGGCAACACUCCCAGGAAGAGCCUGCCAGCCAAAUCCCUCUUCUCCCAAAAGGCUGUGAGAGGCUGGUGGCCAUGCGUGAUGGAAGAGGAUGGCAAGACAAAACUUGCCGGCAAAGUAGAAAUGACUCUUGAGAUUGUGGAAGAGAAGGAAGCAGAUGAAAAACCCGCGGGGAAAGGAAGAGAUGAACCUAACAUGAACCCCAGACUGGAUCUUCCAAAUCGACCAGACACCUCCUUCUUCUGGUUCACGAAUCCAUGCAAAACCAUGAAGUUCAUCGUGUGGCGCAGAUUCAAAUGGGUCUUUAUCGGGAUCAUCAUUCUUAUACUAGUAGGCCUAUUCGUGGGAAUACUACUGUACUCCUUACCUAACUACAUCUCAAUGAAGAUUGUGAAGCCUUUCCGAUGA